AUGAUCCACCCGAUCAGAACUGGAUUGCAAGGUUUCUGCCUGUAUCUGGUCGGAGGACGCGCCAGUCCACCGGAUCUUCAGGACUACUCAGGCAACAGCUCUGGAGGGGGCCCGAAAGAAGGAUAUUUCCGACGCGGCAGCAGCGGAUCGAAGCGUACGACGUCAACGGACGCGCCGGAUCGCCAAGCGGAGGAGGGGACGUUGAACCUUCAGAGCACGAUCCAACAAUGA